AUGGGUGAUCCCAAAAUAUCUACGGGGUCGUACACGCAAAAGUCGUUCUUGUCGUUGAGAGAUGGGGGUUCAGGAAGACAUAAGUUAGGAUCUCCCUCUUCUCGGACAUCUUUGUCGCAACUGCAGCUGAAUUUACUUGCUGACGGGAAACACUGGGAGUUUUUAGAUGAUUACGGGCUCGAAGAGCUAAGGGAUGGGUUUUUUGAUCCGAUCUUCACAGAACACAAACCUCUCCUGUCACAAGAGUCCGACGACAACGCCGAUGACACUAUCAAACAACAUCCAACAGAUUCGCCUUCGAUGCUGUCCCAACAAUGGCACAGGAACCAGUGGAAUAAAUUAAUAGAGUGCUGGCAACCUAUGUUCAAAUUCUGGGUUGCGUUUUUCGCUGCGUUCUGCAUAUGCCUGGUACGUCCAGCAGGUUCCUGGAUCGGACAUAGCCAUCGUUAUUUUUUACCGCUAGCAGUUUUAAUACACCAUCCAGCACGAAAUGUGGGAGUGCAACUCGAGAUUUGCGUCUGGUCGAUUAUAGGUGCAGCUUUUGGUAUGGGCUGGUCAAGUCUUGCCUGGUACGUUUCUGUGGCAACGAAGCCCACUGCAAGCCACCAAGGAGGUAUUCUCUUUGCUAGCUUGUUCAUUGCGGUGUAUUUGUCCUCAUGGCUUAUAGCUUCCAAUCAAAGACUGCUAUAUCUUGCGUUGUCAUAUGGCAUCGCAGUUACGUUUUUCCACACAGUUAGCUUAGUCGAUAACAAAGCGUUGCUGCAAUGGAAUCUAUAUUGGGAUUUUGGAAUCUCAUACCUUUUUGGACUUGUACUCUCCUUUUUGGUGUGUGUCAUUGUCUUCCCACACUCGGGCCAAUCUGAAGUAGUUGGAAAGUUUUCCAUUUCUGUAAGUGCCAUCAAAGAGCUUUUAGUCAAGUUUCUCGAGUUAGAUGAAUGCUCAAACUUGGACGAGCUUCAUAAACUGAAAAAGAAAAUUGGACGGACUAUCGACUUCGAUGUAUCUGAGGGUGUGCGUGAAUUUUUAAAUCAAAUUACUGUUACCAAAAUUGAUGAGAAAUCGUUACUGGAAUUCCGCAAUAACAUAACAAAUGCUGCGGCUCCGCUGCGCUCUCUUCCUACUGACCACAAACUUGUCACUAAGUUAGAGCUUGAGAAAUUUUACGCGGAGUGUCAAAACAAAUAUCGUGAAGGAAAUGUAAACACAUCAACAAUGGAAACGCCAGUUCCGGUUUCUGGAUGCGCUACUCCUCUUCCUAGGACUGGCAACUUUCCAAAUGCCAAUGAAUUAACGGAGAAGGAAAUGUACAUUAGCGUGCUAAGAUCAACUUUUUCGAAAGAAAUAAUAUCAUUAAUAGUGGAGAUGAUUGGUCUUUUAGAGUGCAUUGAGUUAGCUCUCAGACAGAUAGGUCACGCUAAACUCUCCUCUCAAAACAGACCAGAAGUCAACCAAGCACUAAACGCUCAUGUGAAUAGACUACUACACAAAAUUCGCAAACUUGAUCAAUCUUAUAAGAAGUUCACCAAGUCAAACUUCUUUUGUAAAGAAAUGCUUUCAGAUCCUCAAUCUAUUGAUUCUUUUCUAUUUUUGAGAUAUGUGAGACAGAGCGCAAAGUAUCUUAUUUCCAUUGCUUCCUGCACCAUAGAAAUCAGCUCUAAGCUACAUUGGCAAAUAACGCUCCCCCAUUAUUCGCUGCGGCGAGCACUUAAGCGGCUUCCGUACGAAUGUAGCGUUGAUCAAGGUGCAAAAACUCUUCUGCACUACUUUCAGACCAAAUCUGAUGUAGAUGACGUUUUUGAAGAGCUGUACAACAGUUACACUUCGAGACAUGAGACUUUUACCAAAAAUGAAACAGAAAAAAAUAAAGUUCGCACAACUGUUAGAGCUGUCGAUCAUAAAGACUUCAGCCUUCACACAACCAGCGAUCCACUACGCUACAAGCUGUGGCUUUGGAGCUCUGAAAUUACCUCAAAUGAAAGUAAAUGGGCACUUAAGAUAGCUGCUGUUAUGACUUUCUUGGCGCUACCAAGCUGGUUGCCAGAAUCCUAUCAUUGGUAUCAAGAAUACCAAUGUUGGUGGGCUCCGCUGUCAUUUUUCAUUCUCGUUAACCGGAGAAACACAGGUAAUUGGGCUUCUUUUAACAGAAGACUUGCAUGCACAUUGCUUGGCAUUUUUUGGGGCUGGUGCGCCAAUCAGGCCCGACAUUUUGGAAGCCCAUACGUGAUUGCCACGUUUGCCUCCAUAUUCUGUGCAUUCGUUUCUUACAACUUUUUUGCCAACAAGAAUCGGAAGUCCAGUUUUACCGGCUUCAUGUGCUUUACUGUCAUUGCUUUAGAGGGUUAUAGUAAAGGAGAGUCCCAAAUGAGUCAAGCUCUAAUUUGGAAGAAUACUUGGGUCACUGGCGUUGCUCUGUUGUGUGGUAUUUUACCAUCAAUUCCUAUCAAUUGGGUACUUUGGUCGUUCACCGCUCGCCAAGAGUUCCGCGCUUCGAUUGCAUUCCUUCUAGCACAUAUAGGCCAAUCGUAUCAGAGUGUCACGGACAGAUAUCUAUACAGGGAUGCAGACGAUGCACCUACGGAAUUAACACUAAAAUUUUCUAAUAUUCGGGAAGUGCGGAUGUCUCAAAGUUUAAUCGGUGUUCGGGAAAUGCUCCGCAAAGCUCGCACUGAGCCGAACUACAUAUUUGUCUUCAAAGCAGACAAAUACCAACACUUAUUGGACGAAUGUGAGAUUCUCCUCGAGAAGAUGAUAGAGGCUAGAAUCUCAGGCCAGCAUUUUGAGGUGUGGGAAAAUGAUAAUGACAGCGGUAUCACAAGAGCCUUGCUGUCACUGCGUCGUGAUAGUGUCGCUUCUGUGAUCUUUGUGCUUUAUAUGCUUUCCAACUGCUUCACAUCUAAACACAAGAUCCCUACGUAUCUUCCGAACUCCAUUAUGUCCAGAAAGAAACUCUUUGAUUUUAUAUCAAAGUUUGACUCAGGCUCAGAGUCACGCUCGUCAACUGCGGUCGGAAGGGCUGAAACCACAAGCAAGGAUUUUAAGGCUGACCGUCGCUCCAGUGACUACGAUAUUUCCCAUUGGACUCAAAUACACGGCAUGGCGUUUGCGCGUGCGUUUACAGACAUUAGCGAAGUAGUGCAAAGAAUUGUUCAAUUAAGUCGAGAAAUCCUCGGUGAGGAAACAUGCACCUGA